AUGAGGAGGAAGAGCAGCGGGAACGUUUGGGAGCGGCGUCCUGAUCAGCAGCAGUACCAGAAGGGGCAGGGGCAGAGGGGAGGUACAGCAGGGCAGCCAGAGCCCCAGCAGAGGCGGCAGGAGGACGGGGAGCGAGAAACAGCGUCAGAAGGCGGGGGAGGGGGGGAGCGGGACGAAGCACCAGGAGACGGCGAGCGGGGGCGGGAGGCAGCGCCAGGAGAGGGCGGGGGAGAGGGGGAGGCGGAUGAAACACCAAGAGAGGGCGGGGGGGAGCGAGAGGCAGCGCCGGGAGAAGGCAGAGAGGCCACGGUGGAAGACCCACCAGCUGACCAGCGGCGGCCUUUCUUGUGCCUCCCCAUGGCGGAGAAGCAACAGAAUCAAAAAUAA